CCGGGGCGCGCUGUCAGGCUACUGCUGAUACGCAAAGGGUCGUAAAAGCAUGGCGACGUCCCAGGCGCACGGUUGAGUCUUGUGGGCUGUAGGCUGCAUUAGCAAACUUCACCAGGCGACCUUCGACGAUAGCCGACAACGCGCACUUGAAAGCCACUCGGCGCAGCGGCAUGGCAAUCCGCCGGCAUCCCAAAUACGUGGAAAUCGAGGGGCUCCGGCUCACCAGCGAGUUCAGCCCGGAGCCGGUGCGGCAAGCGCUACAGUUCGCGCCCCGUGCCGGGGACGUGAUGCUCGUCACGUAUCCGAAGUGCGGAACCCACUGGGUCCAGCAGAUCUUGCAGCUCAUUGUGAACAGAGGCCAGUCGGCAGAAAACUUCUUUGAGUGGUUGGCCAGGACGCCGCUUCUCGAGCUUCUCGGCACGCGCAUCCUGGAGGACGCGUCCGAGCCCCGCCUCAUGAAAACACACCUGCCGUUGUCCAGGUUGACACUGCGUGACGAAGCGAGGUACGUGUACGUGGCCCGGAAUCCAUGGGACUGCUGCGUUUCGUUUUAUCACCACACUAAGGCGCUCCCUGCGGCCUACUUCAGCGAGGGCACUUUCGACGACUUCUUCGAGCUGUUCAUCAGUGGCCAGACGGACCAUGGAGGCUUCUUCGACCACCUGCUGCCGUGGUACGCGCGCAGGGGACAGAACAACGUGCUAUUUAUUACCUACGAGCAGCUAAAGAAACAACAAUGCGACACCGUCCUCAAGAUAGCGCGCUUCCUGGGACCAGAAUACGAGCAGGCGCUGCUUCAGGACGAAGAGCUUUUCCAGACUGUGCUAGACAAAAGCAGUGCAGAGUUCAUGAAAAAGCAGUUUGUGCUUGACCCGGCCAUACUGAAGAGCCUCAUCGAAAGGGAUCCCAACGCCUUGCCGGGCGAACUGAAGAACCUCUUUGGAAAGGUCUUCGUAGCGCCAUUGCGAGAGGCCAACACGGUGAACUUUGUGCGAAAAGGUGUCGUGGGAGACUCUAGGGGCGCUUUUACACGCGAACAGCUAGAGCGUAUGAAGUUGUUUAUUGAGAAAGAAACUGCCGGAACCGACGUCAUGCAGCUGUGGUUGGACGAAGAUCCGCUUCGCAUCUAAAAAGCAAAAUUAAGCUCAGGUCGGCGUUCAAACUGAUGGCGCUAUAAGCAAAAAUUUCACAGAAAGCUUGGAGGUAAAAACGUCGGUGAAUGAAGCGCAGACCCAGUUUAAACGAGCGAACGACGCUCGGUGACUUUGCAGCUCUGGCAUAUUGUCACCCGUUCUCAGUCUGAAGAGCGCCCAUCUAAGUUCGGUGGCCCUUUAGUUGACAUGCAUUUCUAAGAUGUGUACUGAAUUAGUACAAAGACCGCGUAGACGCGUGCAAAUGGCUUACAAAAAAAAAAAAGAGGAGUACGAAUGAGUGUCAUUGCGUUGUUUUGCGUUGCCUAAUCUUGCAUUGCACCUCGUGGGUAUAUAUAGCUGAACGUGCGUAGAUAUACCUCUCGUUCGGUAUCUAGGCCCGACCGGUAUGAUCGAAGCCUGAUCACUGUUCAUCGCUUCCUUAUAUUUUCCUUUAUUUCUCUUUCCUUUUUCCCCCUCUUUUUUGUGCGAGAAGGAUGAUUUAGCCUGCAUGGCAGUAUAUGCCGAAUCACCACUUCACAGUGUUGGAGGCACGCGUGAGGAGCCUGCUGGUCUGUCUGAGGUACGUAAAUUUUUAGCUGGAAGCGAUGGUUAGGUUGGUGAAAGCCGGUACUGCCGCGGUUGUUGGCUGCAUGACAGGGCGUUACGAUGUCUUUGCAGCACCAUGUUUCGCUAAGAAUAAGGAACCUGUACUACUACUGUCCAUCGGUCAUCCAGUGUUUCCCAACCUCUCACACAUGCGACUUGUCGAGUUUUUUUUUUUUCUGUUUUGUAUUUGUGGAAAGCCUGAUGCUAUGUCACUAAGUUUUGGUGGUAUAGUCAUUUGAAUUUAGAUUCUGAAAACUGAGCGUACUAAAUAAAUCUAGCGAAGAGAGAGACGAAACAAAAAAGCAUAAAGACAGGACUGUUAACCAGAACGAACAAUCCGGCUGGCUAUAUCCUACACUGGAGACAGGGGAAGGGGAGGUAGAAACACAAGAGAUAAGUAGAAAGAGGGAAAAACUUGUAGUUCAUCGAGUAGGUGUGGAUUGUUGGAUAGGCCAACCCGUUAGCGUAAUGAAAUCACUGCGUCGAUCGUGCUUAAUUUUCCUUGUCCUUGUGUUCCUUUGCCUUUGUCUGGUCUGGCGGAGAUACUGGCAGAUGACAAGGUGCUGUCUAAUGUGCCAGGCAGCCGUUAUACCGAACUCAAUAUAACGCCCAGUAAGUGCGAAAUGCUUCAAGAAACGGCUUCAAGAGAGCAUGAGAAAUAGUGAGGCAUGCGAAUAUUUUAAAUCUCGAAUGCGAAUCGAUUACUACCGUUUGGAAUCAACGUAUUGCAUUCAGUAAUUCUGAUAUUUCACUCCUUCCAAUAUACCCGGUUAUGCAUGGCGGAAUGCACCAGGCUGCUGCGAUUGAUUGGAGCAUGCAUGCCUUGUCGAAGGGGAAUGCAUGUGGUGCAUAUCUGCUCGUUACAUGAUGUUCCAUUGUUUAAGAUGGCCAGAAAUUUUCGCUAUUCCAACAAGUCUCUUAUCAGAUUGAAAUGUUUAUGAACGGCUGCACCAGGCACAUGCAUUCGAACCAUUGUCGUGGCGAAAACCUAUUGAAGAAUGUUGCCUCACUAGGAGCCACCUUUUGUUACGGAGAAUCGUAGUACCGGAAGCAACAGAAGUUACUUCUCGAGCAGCCGCAUAGAAGACCGUGUGAACUAGAUCACGAGUGAGUUACUCUGAAGGCAUGUGUAUGUGGGGAAAAUCAACUUGGCUAUUCCUGACUUUUUUUUUUCUUCUGACAUUUCGUAUGACAUUGAAUUGUGUAAUGUUGAGCUUUUCUAUAAUAAAACUCUUUUCCACGUGCA